ACUUCAGUUUCCAUCCGGGUCCUUUUCCCUAGGCAAUGGGUGGCCGCACCACCCCCCGUUCCUUAGGCAAAGUGAAAUAAAUUCGCCGCACCGUUGCGUAAACUAGUGCGCCGCUCCAAACUCGUCUUUUCCUCGCGGCGCGUCCGCUUUCGCUCGAGCUGCCCGCGACACAAACCCGGUUCUCGCGCUGGAGAAAAAGUACGGGUGCGGGUUUUGGCUUAUUUUGUUCACUUUGCACGUCGCACACUUUCACUGUCCCAUUCUCUCUGGCUUCGCGCGCGCAGUGAUACGCGGCGUGCGCAGGCCGGGCUGCUGAAUGAGAUUGAAGAAGAGUUCUUGUUUUGUAGCUCAGUUUUUUUUCUUCUUAUUAUUUUUUUAUACGUGUUUUUUGUAGAAGCGAAUAAAUAAAUACAAGCUCGCCGCCGAGGAUUUACGCGCUGCGGGAGGCUAUGGGGAAUCCGAGGAGGCGGGCGGAAUGAAGUGGGGAUAAAGCCGGGCGCGAUUCGGUUGUGAAAUAUCCAGGCUGAUAUAGUAAAUAUUUAUUUAAAUAAUUGGUGUGUGAGAGGAGAACGAGGUUUGACUGCUGCUGCUGCCGCUGGAAGUGAGAGUACGAGGAGGUUCCAGGCUCCCCCCCACACUGCCAGUUGGAUGGUGUUCAAGACAGCAGACGUUGUGAAGGCUGAGGGAGGUGUGGGAUUUGGGCAGAAGGGCUUGAUGAUGGAGCUGCAGAGUCUGCAGGAGGCUCUCAAAGUGGAGAUACAGAUCCAUCAGAAGCUGGUUGCUCAGAUGAAGCAAGAUCCACAGAAUGCCGAGUUAAAGCUGCAGCUGCAUGACCUCCAGGCCAAGAUCACAGCACUGAGCGAACGGCAGAAAAAGGUGGUGGAGCAGUUGAGGAGAGAUCUGCUAGUGAAGCAAGAGACGGCGGAGAUUAGGCUCCAGACGCAGACACAGCUCCCCCUGCAGGCUGAAGGGAAGACUACCACCCUGGUCUCAAGUCAAAGCCAGAGCCUUCCUCCACCCCACCUCAGUGCUCCACAGAAUUCAGUGAGUGUGACUCCAGUCAUCGCCACUAAGACACUACCUCUGGUGCUGAGAGCUGCCACGCCCACCACACCUAUUGCCAUGAUGCCAACCCCAACCAUUGCAAUGGUUACAACCCUAACCAACGCAUCCCUUCCCAGCCUUUCAAACUCAGACCCUCAGAAUUCGCCCAUCAGCCUCCAAAUGUCCACCAAACCAUCAAACCAGGGAACAGAGCCUGUGCGGAUAGUUCCCAAAAGCACCAUUGUUGUUCAGGCCGCCACUCAGCCAAUCAAAGUUCCUCAGUUUGUCCCGCCCAACAGACAGACAGCUCGACCAGCCUCUCUACCGCAGGUAAUGCCCAAACCUCCUGCCUCUGUAACUCCAGCAGCCUUGCAACCAAUUCUGGCCUCCCCUCAGUCCUUACAGCAGCCUGUGCUCCUGGCUGCUAAACUGAGCUCUGCUUUGCUGCCCACCUCCGGACCAGUCCACCAGUUACACAUCUUCAGCCCUCAGCCGAGCCCUGCCGUCUCCCAGCCCUGCUCCAACAACGCCCAGCCUAUCCAGAACAUCGCUCAGACUACCAUCACUCAGACCACCAUCAACCAACCCUGCCUGAGCAGUGUCCAGCCUAGUCCUAACAUCAUCCAGUCCUGUCCCAGCAUCACCAUGACUCUAAACACCAACCUAGGCCAGUUCAACACGAGUGGCACACUUCACAAUACUACACAGCUUCCUAGCAUCCUCAUCUCCUCCCAGCCCAGCCAGUCCCACGUUGCCUUCUCUGGCAAGCCCAGCUCUAACUCUACCAGCACAGAUUUAUAUCACGGAGCUCGGAGCAGCAAACCCUGCCCUGAAACCCUGACACUUGUAGCAGUGGAUGGGCUAGAGCCAAAGACAUCAAUUAAAAGUCCAGUACCUUGUCCAGCUAAACUGCAGUCACCUGCCCCUACCUCUUCAGUCUCCACCCCUCGCACCCAAACACACACACCCACCCCUGCAGCCUCACACACCCCUACACCCAAACGCCAAGAAAACCCCCUGAAACUGGCCUUCAUGGUGUCUUUAGGCCUUGUGACACAUGACUAUCUGGAAGAGAUUCAAAGCAAACGUCAAGAGAGGAAAAGAAGAACAACAGCAAACCCAGUGUACAGUGGAGCAGUGUUUGAGCCAGAGUGUAAGAAAAGCACAGUGUCGUACCUAACUUCUGCAAACCAGGUCUGCAGAAAGAGAGGUCGCCCACCUAAACACAGCAGCGCGGUGGAGCGGGGCAUCAGCCCCCUGACCCCCACCAGCCGCCACCCAGCGUCUGUGGGCCCACAGCAGCCCAGCAUGGGUGGCCCUCACUCCCCUGCUCUCCCACAACCCCUCUCAUCACAUCCACCCCCAUCCAGCCCCCGUGUCAGUCCAAACUCAGAGAGGGAUGGAGACAUCCAUGAUGAUUUCUGUGUGGUGUGUAGGCGCAGUGGGCAGUUACUCAUGUGUGACACCUGCUCAUGCGUCUAUCACCUGGACUGCUUGGAGCCGCCCCUCCGCACUGUCCCCAGGGGCAUGUGGAUCUGCCCCUCAUGCCAAAGCCAGAUUCUGAAGAAGGAUGAAGCGAUAGAGUGGCCUGGAACUCUUGCUAUAGUGCAUUCCUACAUAUCUUACAAAGCAGAGAGAGAGCAGGAGAAGCAGAAGUUGGAGAAGUGGAGCUCUGAACUCCAACAGGAAAGAGAGGAACUACAGCUCCGUGUUAAACAGCUCAGUGACUCCAUUACGAUAUGCAUGGAAAGCAGGAGUGGCGUUCUGGCCCGCCAGAGGGAAAUGGAGACGUCAAUAAACAAGGUUAAGGGUCUGGUGCGUCUGAUCAGGGGCAUCCAGCUGCCGUCUCUAACCCAGCCAGAAAUAUCUUCCCCUGGCUUGGCCAACGGAGACCCCAGCCCUGCUUCAGUCCCGCAGCCUGAGAUCCCCCAGGCCUGCGAGGAAGACCAACAUCCGACUCUAAAGAGCGACAUGACGGACAGUGUUCUUGUAGUAGUCAGCAGCGCUUCAGCAGAUCUCAGCGAUACCUCAAAUCUAAAAAUCAGCCUAAACAACAGCAAUGCUACAAACAUCAACAGUAGCAUUUCAAGCCCUGGAAAUACCAAUCUGCCCACUGGCAUAAACACUUCCACAAGCUGUUGUGCUUCUGGCGCAAACAACUCUGCACUUCUCAGCAAUACCCACAACCAGAAAGCCAGGUCGAACGGGCCUCUGGAUCAUGAAGAUGGCAACGAGCAUGAAGAAAGCAUAAAGAAAAGCGCAGACAACAACGAUGUGAAUAAAAAUAGCAAUGGUGACAUCAAUAAAAACAGCAUCAGGGAUCUGUCUGCAGUAAUGCCCAUGGCAGAGGUAAUACAGGGUGUAGAAUAGUACUAUAGGCCUCCCACCGUUUACCCUUUUCCACCCUGUAUGCCCAGCAGACCCCUAAAUCACCCAGCACCCGCAUCCGGGUGUCCAAAGUUGCCAUUCAGUGUUUCCUUUCUUGUGUCGUCAAGUCUGUAAGAAUCCGCAGUGCCAUUUCAGAUGAGCAGGAUUAAAAGUUCUGAAGUACCAGCACCUGAAAACAAAGUUUAACACAAAGAUUAAUAAUAUAGAAAAUGAAUAAAUUAAGAGUUAUAAGAGUUUAGGAUAUCACACCAACGCGUGCCUGCUGUAGUUGCCAUUGCGCCUCUUGGUCAUAAAGAUUAGGGGAACAACUGAGCCAAGGCCUUUGCCAGCUCUUUGCCAGGACGUGAGCAUUGCUUCUGGUCUCUGUCAGGUCCUGUUGCUGUAUAAGAAGGUGUAUUAAGACUGUGCAAAUGAUGAUACGAAUCACUCUGAUGGAGGCAUAGGGCUUUUGUUUUCUCUGGGCUCCAAAGCAGAUAAGAACAGCUGAGAGGAAAUGUGAAGCAUCACUUUUAAGCAGGUCUUCCAGGUGUUUUAAAAAGAUACACACCUACGUUAGAUGUAUUUGUCCUAUUUAUGGUGUCAUACGGUGUGCAGCGAUUCUGUAAAUAUUUUUGUUUUUUAAUUGCUGUCUUUUUUGAGCAAAUUACUCUGUUCUGUUUUUGCCAAAUAUUUGCCACAGGGACAUGUAUUUUUACUUUACGGUGAUUUUAAAUAGCUAUAUGAAUAGCAGAGUUGUAUUUGUGUAGCAUCAGUAUUGAGGACCCUUAAUGUAAAUUCUGACACAGCCUUAACUUGUGAUCAAAAUUAAGUGUUUUGAGUGUUUAGACAAAGAUAGCCAGUGUGUUGUAAUCUCAAACAAAACAGUCUUUACAAAUGUAAUGUGCCCAUAUCACUCACCUAAGGCUUAUGUUGAUAAGGUUAUAGUGAGUCAGUCAAUUAAUUAAUUAGGCUUCUGUGAAACUCAACAUGGUGACUCCUGCACCAAAAGAAAUCUGCAACAAAAGACAAAACAAGAUGGUAAGCUGCCCUCUGUAUAAUUUAUAGUUUUUUCUCAUUUAAUGCAGAAAUAGUUCUUUUGUUAAGUGAUGCUUAUGUAGCAUUUUAAAGGGCUUUGGCUUUUGUAUUGUUUGACUAUAUGAAGUGUUGGCCUUCCGAAUGGCAGCACUGUUAAAAUCACUUGGAGCAAAAGCACAGGACUGUAAGCUUUAGUCAUGAACCCAACUCUAUAGGAAUGGAGGACUAGAGGAACAGUGGAACAUACUUUUACCCUGAACCUUCAUUUCUUUUCUGUUAGCAUAUGAUGCUAAAGAAGAAUGAUCAAAGCCGUGCUGCAUUUGUACCAUAUCUUUAUAAGGUCUGUAUGGUCGUAGAUGUUACAGAAAUGUUACAGACAUGAGCAUAAAAUAUUGCUCGUUAAAUGGAGGAAAAUUAAUUAGUAUUAUUGGCCCGACAUGGGAAAUCUUAUGCGAUAAUAUCUUUGCUCAUGCCGAGUGUGGACCCGCUAGUGGUGGAUUCCAAAACACUGCACACAUUCCUACUGCAUCCUCAAACACUGACAUGCCAGAAGUCAUGGGAAAGCAGGGUGUAAAUUGAUUGAGAAACCUGUAUAGGUUGUGAGGUGUUAUCCUGUGGCACAGCGACAAAGUGAAUUAUUGAAAUGUAGUUUGAGCCUGAGACCUGAUAGUGGGUGCCAGAAGAGAACAUAAGGUGUGCAGGAAUGUAACAUUCCUAAAUCCACAUUGUUGUGGGUUGUGUACUAAGAUUACACCAUAUAAGGCAUUACCACAGACAGUGGACAGAGCAGUGUGUGGUAAUGGUCGUGACCGGCAGCUUCUGGCUAGAAUUUUCCUUGUGAACACAGGAGAUCUAGAUGGCCUGCCCCCAAAAAAAGGUUUGGUUGGACUGCUUUUAGCUAUGAUUACGGCACACAUUUACUGUGGCAUUGUUUCAAUAAGCUUUUGCAAUGUCACAAGAUUUAUUUUAAUCCAGUGUUGCAUUCAUUUUUCACUAAGAUCUUGCAUUGAUGAUGGUAGAGUCUGACCACUGCGCAAAGUCUUCUCCAGCACAUCCUAAACCACUCUUCCACAAUUCCAGCCCCAUGAAUCCUGCCGUUGUCAUCUUGGAAUAUGGCCGUGUCAUCAGGGAAGAAAAAAUCCAUUAAAGGAAUAACCUGGUCUACAUUUAGUAUAUUCAGGUAGUCAGCUGACCUCAUUUUUUCAGCACAUACUGUUGCUGAACCUAGACCUGACCAACUGCAGCAACCCCAGAUCAUAUGCUUAGUUAAAUCCAAGUGACAACUUUGGGUUUUUUUUGGCCAGGCAGUUUAUUUGUUUUAUGCCCUUCCCACAGGUCAGAGCAGCGUUUAUUAGAAAACAGAAUAAAAUCAUGAGACACAAUACUAACUCCUGUUCCAUGACAGAUGGCAUGUCAUUGCAAACAAUCACGGUUUUCCACAUUCCUCCUUUUAUUGACUAACAAACUAUUCACUUUAACAAAGCAUAAAAUCAGGGUUUUUUGUGAUAUUUAGGUGUUUUUGUUUGAAAACUUAAAGCCUGAAUAUAUAGAGUAAUAGUUAGCAUUGUGAAUCGUCACACAGCCUCUCACACACACUCUUAUUAUUGACUGUUCAGUUUCCUAUCCAACAUGGAAAAUAACAGCAUAUACCAGUAGUCCAGUAAUCAGUCGCUGGGCAAGACUCCUAGCAUUCUCGUUACAUGCAUAUGCCAUUAUUAUAAGAUGCUUCGGAUAGGAAUGCUUAAUGUUAAGGUUUACAGAAUCGGCAUGCGUUCUUUAGGUUUAAAUCACUUCAAAUGCAAAAAAGCGCUAUUACUGAGUUACUGUUUUUUAUCAGCUCUAUCUGUUCUCGUUUUUCAUAUCGUUAUUCCAUAUCGGUGCAUCCAUGAUACAGGACUUGUGCGAGUGGAUGAUAUCUCAUGAAUUUUAAUGUUGACAAGGAAGCACAACAGAUCAUGUGGUGAUGCAAAUAUUAAUAUAAAUAUAAUCGUGAUGCAGGUCUGUAGAUAAAAUAGAAAUAGAACUGAUUAUGUUGAUAAGUUGGAAAUGUCAGCAGUGUGUGUGUGUGUGUGUGUGUGUGUGUGUGUGUGUGUGAGUGUGUGAAGCACUACUUGGGCAGUCAGCUGCUGUCCUGUACUGCUGUAGUCCUUCUGAAGCGGUUGCCUUAAGAUGAUAUUGUGUGUGAUCUCCCUGCAUUGAGGGGCAUCUGUGUCAACAUUAUGGCAACAUGAUGUAUUUAUGUAUGUGUGUAUCUGUGUGUGUGUCUGUGUGCACAUGCCGACGAUUCUCUGCAGGAAACAUGACCUCUUUUCAGUUGCACAAUCAUCAGAUGUUUAGUUUGUGUCCGUCACACGUGUGGUUUAGUGGCCAGUGCCUAAUCUGUCUGGGGUGUUUUGAGUUUUGUUUACGAGGCCUAUGUAGACCUGUAGUUUGAAAAUGCUAAUGCUAAUGUUGUUGCACUUUUUUGAGUUUGGACAAUUUCUCAGUUCUUGUUCUUGUUUUUGUUCGUUUUUGUUUGCUUGUUUGUGGUGAUGUUGUUGUCUUCAUCUCAUGGCUCAUGUGGAUUAAUUUAAAAUUAAUCUAUCUUAAAGCAACCCAGCUGAGUUGAUUGUUGUGGCUCUGAGCCGCCUGAGAUCUCGCUUGAGAUGAGCGAGACGAACAAACAUACCGGUACUAGCAUUAGCUGGUAGCUGGGGUUUUUUUUUUAAAUGCAGGUACACAAUUUUUUGGGGCCCUUUUGACCUGUUUACACUUGGUCAGUUCAUGUGAAUUAGUAUCUGGAUUGUAUCUGUAUCUGACUGCAUUUUAGCCACACACAUUUAGUGUAGACUUGGUGGUUAAAUGUGGUCUCAAACCAACACAUGGAGUGGUUGGAUGACUUGCAUCUGUUUUAAAUGCGUCUUUGGUGUGUUUACACUUGCAUUUUUAUGUGACUCGGUCUUAUCCAGAUAUAAUCUGGAAAGUCUGAAUGCAAAAUAUUGACUGUUCAGGUUUCUGUCCAUGUGGAAAACCACAGUAUAUACCAACGAUCCAAUAAUAAUAAUAAUAGUAAUAAUAAUAAUAAUAAUAAUAAUAAUAAUAAUAAUAAUAACUAACAAUAAUUAAAAGGGUCUUGGUUGUGUUUACACUUGCACAUUUACACUUUUCAUGUGGUUUAAACUUAACCAGAUAAAUUCCUAAUAUUCUGAACACAUGAAGUGACCAAAUGUAAUGAAGUCUUUUCUGCAGAGUAGUAAAAGAAGUGGACAGAAGAUAAAGGUCAGUUUUAAGCAAGACAAAACUGAAAAAGGGAAAAGAAGAAUAACUACAAAUGUGAAAAUUCAUCCUUAAUCUUUCUACAGCUGAGAUAAAUACAAUCUCAGUUGUGAAUGAACAUGUGGCUCAUGUGUAUUUUUCAGAAAUCUACAGAAGAAUGGUUCUUAAUGUCUUUUUGCUAUGUUGAUGUUGAAAUAUCGGAUAUAAUAGAAGUGUGUUUGGGGUGGGAGGGGGGGGUUUGAGAGUUUGCCCAUUAAAUCUGGUAUUUGCAAAUGUCAUGUUCAGCCCCGUGGUUUGGGUCAGAUUCCAGGUAUUGCUUAUGGGUCUGAACAUUUGUGUCUGGAUGUUUUUAAAUCUGUAGUGUGCAAAAGUGUGGAACGUCUGCAUCUGAGUUAUUUACACUAGAGGAUAAGUGUUUGUGUCCUUUCAACCGUCCCUCAAGUGAUUAAAAAAAUAGUUUAAAAAAGGUUUCCUGAUCAGCUUGGCCCUCGUCACUCUGUUCAGUUGGAUGUUGCCGAGCGGUCAGGUCCUCCGUUGGCACUUCUUUUCUUUUUUCUUUCUUUUUUUUAUUGUGCGUCAUCCUCCUCCUUCCUUUUGACCAUUACCUCAUUCACACACAACCCAAUCAAAGGCCUUUCAUCCAUAAGGACACUGGAAGUCAAUCAGAUAUGGAUUAUUGCACAGAAAUAACACACAAAUUAGCAGUGGUACACCUGAUGUGCUGAACAAUUUAUAAAGUGUUUAAUAUGCGAUUUACAUAGUUCUCUUGUAAAAAAAAAAACAAAAGUGUCAAGUAUUUUUUCAUAAUGGUUUUAAAGAUGAUGUGACUGCUUUUGGUUUAUUUACUUAAACACUUUAUACGUUACCUGUUACUCGUCGGUCUUGGUUGUUCGGUGCUGCCCGAUGUUGAUUUGUUUGCUUCCCUCAUAGACUCCACGUUCUUUCUCUCGUAACUUAUUUAAAUGCACAGGUACAUGUCUUACUUCAUGUUGAAGGAGGUGGAUGUUUUAGGAGCAUUUGAUCAAUUUGUAUUUAUUAAUUUUUACCAUUUUGCUAAUUAAAACUAUAAAGUCCA